AGAAGAGGAUGGUGACAAAUUUCAAAAUAUUUAAUAUAUAUAGAAAUGAGGGAAAAUGUUAACAAAUAAGAAAUUAUUAAAAUCGAAAAGGCAGUUGAAAACUAAAUUAUAGUACCUACAACCAAAGGCAGAUAAUUAAAACGAAAGAAAACAAGCAACAGGACACACAAAUCAAUUCUAUCAUAUUGAUAAAUAAUUGAGUGUGUCUUGUAAUGCGCCUUGGGGGCGGCUUACCAUACGACGGCGACCCCCCGACAAUGAGCGCAGCUGGCAAUGAUUAUGCAGAAUUAUGCGAUCUUGGACCCUCACGAUGGAGUUCGCGUGGCUAUUAUUACGCACCACCCCCACAUGCGACCGCCUUGCAUCCUAGUGCCGCGUACGGCCUACAACAACCACAAUCCUCAUCAAGCGUACCAACCGGCAGUUCGGCCGGUCUCAGUGCGCAUCCCAUGCGCGCACCGAGCAGUUACGAGGCGGAAGACGUGUCCUUUGGUAUGAUAAGUCCACCGCCGGGUGUGGUUGGUUCGUCAUCGGCUGGUUUGAGUGGCACGUACGGUAUUGGUUCGCGUAUCGGUAAUAGUACGAGUUCGUUGCGUGGCGGUCGUUCAGGGCUCUAUUACUCGCCGCCCGGUACAUCGUAUACAAUUGUAGAGCGUCCACAUUCACCGCACUACUACUACAAUACGGCAGGUGCGCCAACGAAAGGCGGCUCAUUGCCGGGGCGCGGUUCAUCUUACCUCUCGUCGACGGCCGCACCCACCAGCCACAUGGCGGCCACUGGGGGCGGCGGCACGCUGCCCAACUCAACGGCGACGAUGGGCGGACGCGCACACAGCAACAUGGGCAUGGCGAAUGGCAAUAAGAAGCGGCCGAUUUCGCCAGAGCAGGUGCUACGCAUGUUCGGUGCGACACAAUCGUCUUCAGUUCCUACAAGCAGCUAUCGCUGCAGCAACGGCACAAGAGAUCGCACCGGACGGCGCAGUCCAGCGAGCAGUCCACCCUCGACCACGCAUCAGACGUAUCGUGAGCGAGAUCGGGAUCGUAGUAUAACGAAUAUUCAUGAAUUAACCACACGUACCAUAAGCAUGUCGCGCGAUCAACAGAUCGACCAUGGUUUUGGUAUUUGUGUUAAGGGAGGAAAAGACUCAGGAGUUCGUUUAUUUCGUUUUAUCGUUUAUUCGUCUGUGCUCCUCCUUCUCUUUUCUCUUUUGUCUCUUCUAUUGCCAAAUUUUUUCUUAACGCAGAGAUGUGUGCAGAUAUUGAAAUCAUCACGUCAAAUCAGUAUGACGGUACGCUCGCCACCGACGCUCAACUCCCACGCGCCAUUGCACGGCUUCGGUCCACCUUCAUCGCGGGAUCCCAUGUACGCAUCGAUGGCGCCACUACUGCCACAAUCGGCGGCUGGUUUGCCACCCGGAGCGACGAUGAUUGGUGGCAGCGGUUUGCCAUUUCGUCAGACAUGUUCCUGGAUGGACCGACAUGGUCGUCCCGCAUCGCCGCCCAUGGAGUAUGGUGGACGGCAUACUGAUCGCCGAGAAAGAAUACGACGCGUUGAGCUGCUCAUUGAACCGGGGCAAUCGCUAGGUCUCAUGAUACGUGGUGGCGUUGAAUACGGCCUCGGCAUCUUCGUCACCGGCGUCGAUAAGGACAGUGUCGCUGAUCGAGCUGGCCUUAUGGUCGGCGACGAGAUACUCGAGGUCAACGGGCAGUCAUUUCUUGACGUGACACAUGACGAAGCGGUCAGUCAGUUGAAAUACCAUAAACGUAUGUCGCUUGUGAUACGCGACGUCGGUAAAGUGCCACACUCCUGUACAUCCAUUGAAAUGGAGCCUUGGGACGCUUAUAGUCCGACGGGGACGAGAGCACGUCGAAAAGGUCAAAUAACCGCAAUGGUGGAGGAGAAGGCACGCUCUCUUCUGCCACGCCAUCAAUUUGCAAGUCUCUCCUACUAUAUUGCCGAAUAUGCUGCGAGAGCGAUGACCAUAGAUGCCUUUGUUGCCGUUUUAUUAGAAAUGCUUGACACAUACGAGAAGCAUACGUUAGUGACGGAACUACGCGAACUCAUAUACCCAGAGGAUCGUGCGCGAUACGAUGAGCUUGUUUAUCGUAGAGAACGUGAUCCCUAUAGCGUGGAGAGGCACAGGCGUAAAGGAGAACCCGCACGUGAUUUACCGGAAUACGGCUGUGAUGACCAUAGGUCCCGUAGAGGCAGUGAAACUCAAAUACCACACUCGGAAUACGAACAAGAUGCGGAACAGGAGUUGGCCACAAAACUAUCGAGAAGCUUCGAUAUGAAGGAAGAAGGAGGCUCACUGCUGGGCGACAAGGGUGUACGCAGGCAUCAGUCCAUGCAACGCCUUUCCGCCGAGCAAAAUGGUUCAACGACUGAACAAACACAUGAACACAAUCCAAACGUCGUACCUGAUCAUAAAGGCAACUUACACGUUACUGUUAAGAAAACUAAACCAAUUUUAGGUAUUGCUAUCGAAGGUGGUGCUAACACAAAACACCCGCUUCCUAGGAUAAUCAAUAUCCAUGAAAAUGGUGCCGCUUAUGAAGCGGGCGGACUAGAAGUCGGGCAACUGAUACUGGAAGUGGACGGCAAUAAGGUUGAAGGUCUACAACAUCAGGAGGUUGCCCGCCUGAUAGCCGAAUGCUUUUCCAAUCGUGAAAAGGCAGACAUAACCUUCUUAGUUGUCGAAGCGAAGAAGUCAAAUCUUGAACCAAAACCAACAGCGCUUAUCUUUUUAGAAGCCUAACAUUUGCUUGCCCUGCCGGCUAAUGAGGAUCCCUUGGAACGACAAAAGAUCGAGUUCCUCUACGAAUGGGGGAUCGAUUUAACGACAACGCCAAAACCAAUGCCAACACCAAUACCAUUAACAAAAGCUAAAAAUCCACCGCCACUGCCACUCAACAUUAAAUCCAUCAACCAUACAUCGCAACACCAUCAACAUCAGCAUCAUCAGCAGCAUCAAUCACCAGCGUCGGCGAUGACGGCGCCGACACAACGCACAUCGGCGACGGCCCAUCAGCAACACGUUGACGCGACAACAACACCAACAGCAACAGCAACAAGAACACACACACAUGUGCCACAAAUCACACAACAAGCGUCAAUGGGAGCGACGACACAGGCGACGAGCGCCAAGCACACAAGGAGCCCAACGCAACAACAACAACAACAACAACAA